UUUUCAUGUCUGAGUAAAAAAGAGAGAGAAAUUUUGCGUUUCGAUCUUUGGAUCCUGUUUUUCUUUUCAUUUAAUAGCUGACCCGUCGCGCAGUUCAUUAUAUUUCUUUAUGAUCUUUGCUGAGUGGGGAGGUAGAAUCAUCGAGUGUUUAAUAGAGCAAGAAUGUGUAUUCUGAAUAACAAUAAUGAGUGGAUUCGAUAUGCAUUUGCGUGGUGAAGAAAAAGCUUCUGGGAAUAGAGAACUUCGAGAUUAUUUAGCGUCGCAUCAUGUUCAUGCCCGCCAUAGGCGCUCUAGAAGUUCUUCAGACAGGAACUCCAAUGUCAUUAGAGGUGGGGUUCUGCAUUCUAAUAGCAAGAAUGGCCGGAGCGACAAACAAGCAUCCCCACUGUCUACAAGUGGUAUUAGAGCACGAAGUCCGCUGCAUGAGGGUGCUACUAAUUUCAAUGAUAAUUCGUCUUCUAAACACCGAGCGUCUUUGGAAAAUGAUAUUGAGUUGCUACAGCUGCGGUUGCAACAAGAGAGAUCUAUGCGAAGUAUGCUUGAAAGGGCAAUGGGUCGUGCAUCAAGUACUUUAUCUCCCGGGCACAGGCACUUAGCUCAGACGAAGGAUUUGAUCACAGAAAUUGAAUUACUUGAAGAAGAGGUCGCAAACCGCGAACAGCAUGUGCUCUCUCUCUAUAGGAGUAUUUUUGAAAAUUGUGUUAGCAAGACAUCUUCUCAGCAAAGUUCAGUCACAGUCUCUCCAGCUCAUGGGAAGCAUGAAUCAAAAAAACACCCCAGUAUCAUUUCAAGUGCAUUUUGUUCAUCAAGGAAGUUCCCUUUGGGACCUUUGCAAACGUUCUCCGUAAACGACUUGGGAAAAAGAGCCUCGAAUGCUGGUCCUAAUUCCUUGUUGGGAGGAAAAGGCGACGUAAGUACGGGAAAAAUUUCAGGCCCUGCAAAGGUUCGUGAAGCGCUUUCACAGGUGAAGAAAACUUCUCUGCGAACUCUAAAAGAUCAUCUUUUUGAGUGUCCAAGCAAAUUAUCAGAGGAGAUGGUGAGGUGCAUGGCUUUUAUAUACUGCUCUCUUCAUAGAGUGGCAUCUAACAAUGCUAAAAAAAAGGCAAGUUCCUUCCCUAAAGUUAAACGGCCCGAGAGUGGACCUGUGGAGGAACAAUGUGGGGAUGUGAAAGCAAUGCUGGAAAUACAUUGCAUAUCAACCAAUAACACCCAGUUCUCUCGUGCUUCAUAUGCAAUCAACAAUUAUAGAGUAUUAGUUGAGCAGCUGGAAAAAGUGAAUGUCAGUAAGAUGGAGAUUGAUGCUCAAACUGCAUUCUGGAUUAAUGUGUAUAAUGCUCUUCUAAUGCAUGCAUAUUUGGCAUAUGGAAUCCCUCAUGGCUCUCUAAGAAGGUUGGCUUUGUUCCAUAAGGCUGCUUACAACAUCGGUGGCCGUAUCAUCAGUGCAAAUGCAAUAGAACAAUCAAUUUUUUCCUUCAAAUCCCCUCGAAUAGGAUGGUGGCUUGAAACCAUCAUUUCCACCGCACUGAGGAAGAAGUCUGGUGAAGAAAGACAACUUAUCUCUUCAAAAUUAGGCCUUCCAAGUCUUCAACCUCUUGUUUGCUUUGGCCUCUGCACCGGUGCCUCUUCAGAUCCUGUGCUGAAAGUGUACACUGCAUCAAAUGUAAAAGAGGAACUGGAAUUGGCCAAAAGGGAGUUUCUCCAAGCAAAUAUAGUUGUGAAGAAAUCAAAGAAAGUAUUCCUACCAAAGGUGCUCGAACGAUUUGCACGUGAAGCAUCCAUCAGCUCAGACGAACUUCCGAAAUGGAUUUCCGAAAAUGUCGAUGGGAAACUCCACGAGUCGAUACAGAAAUGUAUGGAUCUUCAGACUGGCAAGAAGGCAUCUCAUAUCAUUGAGUGGUUACCUUACAGCUCAAAGUUCCGGUAUGUAUUUUCUACCAAUCUAACUGAAAAGCCAUGGUGCUCGUAAGACAAAAUAUCGUUGACUUGUCGUGAGGCGUCGAAAAGAAGACUGACCAAAAAAAUUCUAUGAAUUCGAGUGGAAACAGAUAGAGAAUGGAUUUUUGUAGUUGGAAGAACUCACCAUUUGAUAGUGUAUAUAUCAAUUAGUUCUGAUUGUUGAUUGUUGCAGCUUACCAAGCUGGUUCUGCUAGAAAAAGACUGCAUUUUGAACCCUCCCUCUGCUUAUUAUUC